AUGGAAGGUUCUUCAAAAAAAAAGCAUGCUUUCAGUUCACCGACGGCGUGUUGGGGUGCAUUAAAGACACUUUAUCACGACUUUGACGAUGUUGAGGUCUCUGAGGGACAAUAUAGGAAACAUCCUUCGAAGCAGAAAAUACAAAAGGGGCGUACGGACCUAGGUCUCUUUUUUCAUAAGAGGAGAAUCGUCAUCUUCGGUCUUAAUUAA